AUGAACGUAUUCGCAAGAGCGGCGCCCAAGAAGGGCGAGAACUUUGAGCUCCGCGCGGAUUUGAACAGUGAAUACCGGGAUAAGCGGAAGGAUGCGAUCAAACGCGUAAUCGCGAACAUGACCGUCGGCAAGGAUGUCAGCGGUCUAUUCCCAGACGUACUCAAGAAUAUGCAAACGGAGGAUAUCGAACAGAAGAAGUUGGUUUACCUCUACCUGAUCAACUACGCCAAAACGCAACCCGAACUCGUCAUUCUGGCCGUCAACACCUUCGUGAAGGAUUCGGACGACCCGAACCCUCUGAUUCGUGCCUUGGCUAUCCGUACUAUGGGUUGCAUUCGCGUAGAGAAGAUCAUCGACUACCUGUGUGACCCGCUGCAGAAGUGCCUACGGGACGAUAAUCCCUACGUGCGCAAGACGGCCGCGCUGUGCGUUGCAAAGCUGUACGACUUGAAACCCGAACUCGUGAUCGAGAACGGCUUCUUGGAGCAACUACAGGACAUGAUCAGUGACUCUAACCCUACGGUCGUCGCAAACACCGUCACCGCACUAUCCGAUAUCCACGCCGCAGCCACUGCCCAACCCUCGACAUCAACAUCCGACCCAGCGCACUUCCAGAUCACCGCGUCUAUAUUGAGCAAGUUGCUCAUCGCACUGAACGAGUGCUCAGAAUGGGGACGUGUCGCUAUUCUGAACGCUCUAUCGCGAUACGAGACGUCUGACGAAAAGGAGAGCGAACACAUAUGCGAGCGCGUCGUGCCACAGUUCCAGCACGUGAACGGCAGCGUUGUGCUCGGCGCAGUACGAGUAGUCAUGAUCCAUAUGCGGCAUGUGAAGAGGGAAGAGCUCAUCAAGCAGCUUGUUCGCAAGAUGGCUCCACCAUUGGUCACGCUGUUAUCCUCGCCGCCAGAAGUGCAAUGGGUUGCCCUCCGCAACAUCAACCUCUUGCUGCAAAAGCGUCCCGACAUCUUGCACAAUGACAUGCGCGUGUUCUUCUGCAAGUACAACGACCCGUUGUAUGUCAAGGUGGAGAAGUUGGAUAUCAUGGUCCGAUUGGCGCACGAGAACAAUGUCGACCCGCUAUUGAGCGAGCUGAAGGAGUACGCAUCUGAAGUCGAUGUUGACUUCGUGCGGAGGAGUAUCAAGGCCAUCGGUCAAACGGCGGUCAAGAUCGAGGCGGGCGCCGAGCGCUGCGUGAACGUCUUACUGGACCUCAUUAGCACGCGCGUCAGCUACGUUGUGCAGGAAGCUGUCGUCGUCAUGAAGGACAUCUUCAGACGAUACCCGCAAACGUACGAGGGCGUCAUCCCAACCUUAUGCGCGAACUUGGAAGAGUUGGACGAGCCCGAGGCCAAAGCGUCCCUCAUCUGGAUCAUGGGCGAAUACGCCAACAAGAUUGACAACGCGGACGAGUUACUGGGCGUUUUUGUCGACACGUUCGCCGAGGAGUCGUACGCGGUGCAGCUCCAGACGCUCACGGCUGUCGUGAAGCUGUUCCUAUACAAGCCCGAUUCUUCACAAGGCCUAGUACAACGCGUACUGAACACCGCAACGAAGGACUGCGACUCGCCCGAUGUCCGCGAUCGAGCAUACAUCUACUGGCGCCUAUUGUCAUCCGACCCCGCCGCAGCGAAGUCCGUCGUGCUCGCCCACCGACCGCCAAUCGAAUUGGCCGCGAUGACAGUCUCGCCGGCACUGCUCAACGAACUCAUCUCGGAAAUCUCCAGCCUGGCGAGUGUAUACCACAAACCCGCAGAGACCUUCAUCGGUGCGGGCCGUGUGGGCACCGAGCUGCUCAAGAAGGCGGAUGCGGAGGACAACAGGCGUAUGACGCAGAAGGCACUGCAGACGGUCGCAGCCGGACAGCGCACGGAGAAUCUGCUCGACUUUGACGACGAUCCCAUAGAUGCUGGACAGCCGACGGGUUUGGCUGCGACACAGGUCCUCGCGCAGACGUCGCCUGCUGCUACGAACCUCAUCAUGGGCACGUCUGCGAACCCGCUGGACGAUCUCGUGUCCAUAUUCGGCUCGGCCACUCUUUCGCCGCAGCAGUCGACGCCCGCGCAGGCGCAGGCGCCGUUCGGGUUUGCGGCGUCGCCCAUGGCGCCUUCACCCGCACCUGGGCCUGUACAAAACGGGAAUGUCACCAGCCCGCUGUCGGCGCAAAAUCCACAGGAGGACUUGCUGGGACUGUUCUAG